GCGCAGCGAACGACGUACGUACCCAAACGCCAGCCAGACCAAACCACACCACUCCGUCCGUCUCCCUCCCUGUACAAUACAACUACACGCCUCCCACGACGCCGGCCCUCCUCCCAAUCCCCGCCCUCACUCCAGCUUGCCUGGCCUCCUCGCGGAGCACCUAAAAAACGCGGCGGCUUCUGGAAAGGCGAGGCCCGUUUUAAAGGCGCCGCCCCGCCCCCGCCCCCGCCCCCGCCCCCAUCCCACCGAUUCUUCCGCUGCCCGUGCCGGUGCCCGUGCCCGCCGCCGCCGCCGCGCGCCCCCCUCCCCGUCCCCGCCUCUUUAUAAUCAACCGUCCAGUCCCCAGCCCAGCCAGCCCAAUCGUUCCGCCACGGCCAGCCCGCGAUUCCCAUCCCGCCCCACCUCACCGCCCACCGCCCACCGCCACGCCACGCCACGCGCUCCCCGUGUUCCCGGGCUUUACCCGAGGGCCUCUCUUCCUGCUCUUCUUCUUCCUCCUCCUCCUCCUAACGGCGUCGUCCGAACGGACGGCGAGGAGGAGAACCCUUCGCCUGGCCUGGCCUGGCCUGAGUCUCGCCCGGCCUCUCUGGCGGUUGAUGAUGUCAUGUGGCCCCUCUGCUUCAUCUCGGACAGGCUGUUCAAGGUGCCGGGAGACGACGGCGGCGAGGGCCCGGGCGCGCCGCUGCCCCCCGACGGCCGGAUUCCGCUAGCGCGCCGAUCCUACUUCAUCGAUGUCCCGCAUGUGCAGCAGGCCUUCACCUGGGACUGCGGCCUCGCUUGCGUGCUCAUGGUGCUAAGGACCCUCGGCCUUGAUUGCUGCCACGGCAUUGCCGAACUCGAGAAGCUCUGCCGCACCACAAGCGUCUGGACAGUCGACUUAGCAUACCUGUUACACAAGUUUUCAGUUAAUUUUUCGUUCUUUACUGUGACUAUCGGAGCAAAUCCACAAUAUUCUGGAGAAACCUUUUAUAGGGAGCAAUUGCAAGAAGACAUUGAUCGAGUGGACGAGCUGUUUGGCAAAGCACUUGAUGCUGGAAUCAGUAUUCAAUGCAGAUCCAUCAGUGCGUAUGAUAUUGCUUUUCUACUCUUAUCUGGGCACUGCAUAGCAAUUGCACUAGUGGAUAAAUCAAAGUUAAAUUCCUCUUGGAUGAAUGAUGUACAUGAUAUGCAACAGUUUGAUGAGGAUUCAGAUUACAUGGGGCAUUAUGUUGUAAUAUGUGGCUACGAUGCUGAUACUUGCGAGUUUGAGAUAAGGGAUCCAGCCAGUUCUAGGAAGCGUGAAAUGGUGCCCAUGAAAAGCUUAGAUGAGGCCCGCAAAUCCUUUGGAACUGAUGAGGAUAUUCUCUUGGUCUCCUUAACUGGAAAGAACGGGACGAAGCUGUCGCGUAAACUGCCGGCCGGCUCUCCAUAGACUGCUCACCAGCCUCCAGCCUCACACCUGUGUAUACUCUGUACAUGUCCCCUGUAGUUAUGAUUACCGCUUGUCAAGUCCGGUAUGUAGUUUGAGAACAUUCUUACAGCCGAUAGGAAGAUAGAAGAACCCAGCAAGGCCUAAGCUUCUGCAAACGGCGCAGCAGCGACACCGUGGAGCACGAACUGCUUCGAGCACAAGUUUCGUGCCAUCAUGGCCGGGCAGAGAUGUAGCAUAUGUACAGAUACAUCCACGAAUAAAAUGGUGGCCUCGUGGUGCCAUGUAUUCCUACCUGA